AACCCGGCGAGCAGCCGUUAGUGGGGCAUCGAACCCGCGCUCAGCAUGAGGACGGCAGCGCACGAGACUUGGACCGCGUCGUAGACGCGCUCCAUGUUCCCGCUCGAGGAGCUGAUGAAGAGGAGGAGGAGGCUCGUGGUGGUGGCGGGCUUGUGUAUCUCCUUCUUCCUCGCGACGUGGAUGAGUCUCCUCCCCGCGCCCCCCGGGCUCGAGCCCCGGGCUGCCGGCGGGGGCACCGCCCGGUUCUACCGGGAGAAACACGCGCGCCCUGCCGGCGACAUGGGAGACUCGCGCCUCCACGUCGGCGAGACUGCAGAUCCGGCCGGUGAGCCCGGGACCCCCGUGGAACCCGCGGGGAGCCUCCGCGAGCUGGAGCUCCAGAUCCGCGAGCGCUACGAUGAAGUGUUACGGUACCGAAACCAACUCCAGGCGCGGCGGCCGGGGCACGCAGACCCUGGCCGUCCGCUCGAGAGGAGGAGGCUGAUGGACUCAGAACCGGGAGACGGCGGGGACCCGGCCCGGGCCCAGGAAAGACCCACCGGUGGACCCAACGGGACCAGCGGGGGUCCCGGUUUGUCCAGCGGGGGUUCCGCGCUUGGCUGUGGCAGCCUGGCCGCCGUGACGGACGUGCGGUACCUGGGCUCCGGCUACACCAAGGCGGUGCACCGGGCGGCUCUGAACCACAGCCUCUCCGUGGCGCUCAAAUCGGUGGACCUCGCGGGACACGACAUGGAGACCUGCGCAAGGCGCUACGGGGACACCGGGGCCUGCUACCGGCUUUCCUCCUUCAAGAUCAUCAAGGAGAUGGUCCUGAUGGAGACCCUGCAGCACCCCAACGUGCUCAAGCUGUAUGGUUACUGUUACCAGGACAACGGUGGUAUCCAGGAGACGGUGACGGCCAUCACUGAGCUGGGCAGCCCUCUGGAGAUGAUCAGCCUGCUGCAGACGCCUUGGGAACAGAGGCUCAGGAUCUGUCUGAGUCUGGUCCGGCUGCUCUCCUUCCUGUCCCGCUCCCCUCUGGGCUCGCUGGCCCUGCUGGAUUUCCGGCCGCGUCAGUUCGUCCUGGUGGGGGGGCAGCUGAAGGUGACGGACCUGGACGACGCCAGCCCCCUGGAGGCGGCCUGCAGCCCCCGCUCCGCCCCCCAAGCCUGCACCCUGCAGUUCCCUGCACGCAACUUCACCCUCCCCUGCAGCGGGGGGCGCUGUGAGGACAUCAACGAGAAGAGGAACCUCUACAACGCCUACAGGUUCUUCUUCACCUACCUGUUACCCCACAGUGCUCCCAGCGCGCUGCGCCCCCUGCUGGACAACAUCGUCAACGCCACAGGAGAUCUGCGCUGGGGCGUGGAGAAGACUCUGUCCAAGAUGGAGGAGGUUCUCCAUCUCUACCGUACAGGAAGCUACCUGCACAGCCUCAACCACAGCACCACAGGCUAUAAGGAGGUGCUGGACUCCUCCAUCCCGGGGCAGGAGGUGCGCUGCUGGCCGUCCUACCAGCAGGACGCCUGCCUGCUGGCCGUCUUUGAUCUGGGGGAGGCGCUGAGCCUGUGUGAAGACCACGCCCACUGCCACGCCCUCGUUUUCACCAACCAGACCACAUGGACAGGCCACCAACUGGUGUAUUUAAAGUCUGGUUGGUCUGGUCUGAGACGCGCCAUUGGACAGCUAACCUUCAUCCGAUUGGCCAGCUGAUCCAAACAAACAUUCUGAGUGGAUCGAUUGAUGGUCUGUGGGCGGGUCCCCGGCAAACCGCGAGACACCUGAUUGGUGUGUAGGGAGUGGAGGAGGCGUGAUUGGUCCAGGGAGGUUCUGCUGUUCCUCAGGGGCAGUGAUCUCUGACCUCUAUCAGGGUCAAAGGUCACCACGCCUCCAAAAACAAAACCGACCAAAGCAAAUAUUAGUGAUGAUUGUAAUAAUUAUGACAAUAAGACAAAACCCUUUAUAUUGUAAUGUGAUGUAAUGUGGUGGCAUGUGAUGUCAUGUGACGCGCUGACGCCCCGUGAUUUCCUGUCAUGUAACGUCACAUGAUGAUCUCUUCCUCUACUUAUGGCCCAGUGGAGCAGGCAGAGGGAGGUUGUGAGUGUGAUUCUGAUUUCCAAUGGAAAUGCCCGGUGCCUUCGAGCAAGUUCAGGGGGGGUGCUUUCAGUGAAAGUUGACCAGGUCUCAGGGUAUUAUGGGAUGUCCUGGUUGGAUAAUAAAACACUACCUGCUGCUCUU